AUGUAUUGUCAAAAGUGUCGGACACCGCUCAAGUUGGAUGGCUCCCUGGAGUCGCUUAAUCCGGCUGCUUUUGAGCUACUCGUCAAUUCUACGGGCAAGACACUCUCCGAUCACGGCACAGCAUCAUCACCACGAGCUUCCUACCCUGCAGACCGUCGAAAACACUACGAUCGAGCGUCUCAGAAUGCUACGGCACCGGUUUACAGGAGAUCUAUCCCUGCCCCACGGUCGGGGGACCAGCCACAUCCGCCUGGGGUUCCACGAGCCGAUAGCGGAAAUAUGUCUUUCGUGAUGCUCACAGAGUCCCAGUUUGUGCCCCCACCUAUGGAAAGUGCUCUACCGACUCGGCCUAAGGGCAAGAACAAUCAGGGUCCGGACCGUAACCAAGAGGAUGGGUCAUUUGCCAGCCAGGUAGACAAAUCCAGCCGCUUGUUUGAGAUUGUCUCGUCGCGUUCUGAUAUCGACCAUCCUAUUUGCGUGGAAUGUACGGAUCUGUUGGUAGAAGCCUUGCAAAAACGACUGGCGGGUUCGACAAAGGAGCGUGAUGCAUAUAUCUCAUUUCUUCGAUCCUUGAAUGCGUCGGUUCCGACAGCAGAAGAGUUGGAAGCGGCUGAAAAGUCGCUCCAGGACAGCCUGAAAGCCGAGGAAACGAUGUUAGCAGAAAUAGAAGCUUUGGAGCGAGAGAAAGCCAAGCUGGAUGAGGAAAUUGGAUCUUUGGAGGAGCAGUCGCAACAGUUGGAUGUGGAUGAAGACACAUUCUGGCGCGCUCGGAAUGGCUUUGCUUUGACACUGGGAGAGUUUCAAACCGAACGGGAUGCAUUGAACAUGCGCUACGACCACGACUCGCAGCAGCUGGAGCGCCUACAACGGACGAACGUCUAUAAUGACGCGUUUUGCAUCGGUCAUGAUGGAUAUUUUGGUACGAUUAAUGGGUUACGCCUGGGUCGCUUGGCUAAUCCCUCGGUUGAGUGGCCCGAGAUCAACGCUGCAUGGGGUCAAACCUGUUUACUCCUGGCUACCAUUGCAGAGAGGCUGGGGUUUCAGUUUCAGGGAUAUCGCCUUCGUCCACUAGGCUCCACCUCACGGAUUGAGAAGCUCGAGUAUCCGCCGCAACCGUCCGGAACGGCUGUCAAUGAACGUGGGGCCCCCAAAAUCACUGAACUGGAUCUAUUUUCGUCCGGUGACCUCCCACUGAAUCUGCCUUGGCUUCAUCGUCGCUUUGAUAACGGCAUGGUGGCGUUCCUAGACUGUCUACGCCAGCUGGGUCAGUUUGUUGCUACGACCCCCGUGCCAGUGGCAUCGGCCCGUCGCGGUCAGGCCGGCGGCGCCACAGCGCCGGGGUUGAGGUUGCCCUACGAGAUCAAGAAAGAUCGUAUUGGUGAUGCUAGUAUCAAGCUCGGGUUCAACCAGAAUGACGAGACUUGGACACGAGCUUGCAAGUAUACCCUCACUUGCUGCAAGUUCCUGCUUGCGCAUGCUAGUAACGUCGCGAGUGCAGGCUCUAGUAACUCGGCAGCCGUUGCAGCUGCGGCCGUGGCAGCUGCCGAGCAGACUCGACAGACGUCUUCCAGCCCGGCCAAGCCUCGAACAUGA